AUGUUUCCCGCACUGACCGGCAAUCUAGAUCUAGAAGCUCUGAGUGGCAUAUGUGGAUCCAUCUCAAUUGCGUGCUGGGUGGUGGUCUUUUCCCCGCAGAUCAUUGAAAACUUCCGUCGUGGCUCCGCCGAUGGCCUAUCCCUGCUCUUCCUGAUCGUCUGGCUCGCCGGCGAUGUCUUCAACAUCCUGGGCGCCGUCCUGCAGGGCGUCCUGCCCACCAUGCUGAUCCUCGCCGUCUACUACACGCUGGCCGACGUCGUUCUCCUCGGACAAUGCUUCUACUACCGGGGCUUCACCCUGCGCGACGAGCCAUCCCCGCCGCUGCGAGCCUCCUCGCCCAGUCCUGCCGAAGAAUCGUACGACGACGACACGGAGAUUCCGUCUCCAGUCGUGCCUCGCAAACCAUCCGAGCAGUCGUCGCUGCUGUCCAACCAGCGCGGUCCGCAGUACGAGGCCGUCCACUACAACCACUUCGGCGGCCCUAGCCCAGCAUCCUCCGCAACUAUCACGGCCCCACCCCUCCUCUCCCAGCGUCGGCACUCCGCCUCCUCCUUCCUCCAUCCCUCCGUCGACGGCACCCAUCUCUCUCCCGCAACGCCCUUCAUUGAGUCCGCCAAGGAACCCCGACCGCCUCGGAGCCUUACAAUGCUCCAAUCCAUCCUCUUCAACGGCUCCGCGAUCAUCCUCGUCUGCGCUGCAGGUAUCCUAGGCUGGUACAUCAGCCAGCGAUCGACCCAUAUCAAGGGCGACGGUGGCAGCAGUGACACGCCCCAGAACCUGACCAUGGACCCCCUGGGCCAAGUGUUCGGCUACCUCUGCGCGGUGCUGUACCUAGGAUCGCGGCUGCCGCAGAUCCUGCUCAACUACCGCCGCAAGUCCACCGAGGGGGUAUCUCUGCUCUUCUUCCUCUUUGCCUGCAUCGGGAACCUGACGUACGUGCUCUCCAUCCUGGCGUAUUCGCCCGUCUGCGCGAACAGCUCAUCGCGCCAUGGACGAUGCCGGUCCGAUGAGCUGGCAGCGCUGUACGGGCGGUACAUCCUGGUGAAUCUAUCCUGGUUGAUCGGAAGCUUUGGCACGCUGUUGCUGGACAUGUGCAUCUUCGUUCAAUUCUUCGUGUAUCAGGAUAGCAACGGGGCGGGAGACGACGAGACGGAUGAGAGUCUGCGGGGCUAG